AUGGCGCGAAGACGAGCAAAGAAGAGGACGCACGUCGGCGCCAACAACCCAGAGACAGGGUCGGCCGGCCACGCCACCGCACGCGACCCCAAGAGCAUGGUCAUCAGGAUCGGGGCCGGCGAGGUCGGCUCCAGCAUCAGCCAGCUGGCCGCCGAUGUGCGCAAGGUCAUGGAGCCCGGCACGGCCAGCCGGCUCAGGGAGCGUAGGGGAAACAAGCUCAAGGACUACGUCGUCAUGUGCGGGCCCCUCGGCGUCACCCACCUGAUGCUCUUCUCGCGCUCCGAGACGGGCAACACGAACCUGAGGCUGGCGCUUGCGCCGCGAGGCCCGACAAUGCACUUCCGCGUCGACAAGUACUCCCUCUGCAGAGACGUCCAGAGAGUCCAGAAGCACCCGAGGGGCGGUGGCAAGGAAUUCCUGGCGCCCCCACUGCUGGUCAUGAACAACUUUGCCACGCCGGGUGCCGACUCCAAGUCCAAGGUCCCCAGGCACCUCGAGUCUCUGGCCACGACGGUCUUCCAGUCCCUCUUUCCGCCCAUCAACCCUCAGCAGACGCCGCUCAAGGCAAUCCGGCGAGUGCUCCUCCUGGAUCGCGAACGGUCCGAGGAGGACGACGGCACCUUCGUGGUCAACUUUAGACACUACGCCAUUACCACAAAGUCCACCACGGUGUCGAGGCCUCUGCGACGGAUCAAGGCGGCGGAGGAGUUGAUGGCAACAAAGUCGAGCAGACAGGGACGCGUGCCCAACCUCGGCAAGCUCCAAGACAUUGCGAACUACAUGAUGGGGGGCGAAGCCGGAGACGGGUACAUGACGGACGCCACGAGCGGCAGCGAGGUUGAGACGGACGCCGAAAUAGAGGUUGUCGACAACGCCCCCAGGAGAGUCGUGUCGACAAAAGCCCGCUUGGCCGCUGCGGAACACGGCGGCCCAGAGGCCGAGGACGAAGUGGACAAUGUCGAGCGGCGAGCCGUCAAGCUCGUCGAGCUGGGCCCCCGCAUGCGUCUGCGACUCACCAAGGUCGAGGAGGGACUGUGCGCCGGCAAAGUCAUGUGGCACGAGUACGUGCACAAGAGCCGCGAAGAAGUCGGGGAACUCGAGAAGCGGUGGGACAAGAGGAGACGGGAAAAGGAGGCGCGGCGGAGGGAGCAAAAGGCCAAUGUUGAGAGGAAAAGAGCCGAGAAGGAGGCGAGGAGGAAGGGGGGGCCCGGCGAAGGCGGAGGCGGCGGAGAGGAAGACGACGAGGACGAGAACUACAGCGACGUGGACUUUGACGACCUUGACAGCGAGGGCCUGGCGGGAGACGCCGAGUUCAAGGCGAAUGAGCAGAUGGAGGAGGAUGUUGAGUGGGAGGGAGAGAGGGAGGAAAUCGGACGCGACUGA